AUGAUUGAGCAGCUGGUGCAGAGCAAGCUGGUGCUUCUGGGGGAGAUGGGCAGCGGCAAGACCAGCCUGGUUCAGCGGUUUGUGCGGGGCCAGUACUUUGAGAACCAGGAGUCGACCAUCGGCGCCUCCUUCUUCACGAAAACCAUCCCAGAGAAGCACGUCAAGUUUGAGAUAUGGGACACCGCGGGGCAGGAGCGGUACCACAGCCUGGCCCCCAUGUACUACCGGGGCGCCGCCGCCGCCAUCGUCGUGUACGACGUCACCCACCCCGCCUCGUUUGAGCGCGCCAAGAAGUGGGUGUGGGAGCUGCGGCAGAAUGUGCAGAACCCCAACCUCAUCAUCGCCCUGGUGGGCAACAAGGUGGACCUGGCUGAGGAGGCGCGGGCGGUGCCAGAGGCAGACGCUCGCACAUACGCAGCCGAGACGGGCCUGCUGUUCUUCGAGGCCUCAGCCAUGACCAACGUGAAUGUGGUGGAGCUGUUUGAUGAGGUGGCGGACAAGUGA